AUGGUCACUGAUCCAUUAAGUACUUCUGAUGGUACUCCUCUCUCAUGUGAAGAUGCUACACACUACAGAAGUGCAGUUGGAAGUUUGCCGUAUCUUACAGUCACUCGCCCUGAUUUAUCCUAUGCUGUCAAUAGGGUCUGUCAAUUUCUUCAUGAGCCGCGAGAUACACAUUGGGCUGCGGUGAAACGCAUCCUUCGUUAUGUCAAGAUGACAAGUGAUCAUGGUCUUAGUCUUCGUCCCUCUUCUGCUAGUUUGUUGUCUGCCAUUUCUGAUGCUGAUUGGGCGGGGGACUCUGAUAAUCGGCGAUCAACCGGGGGUUAUGCUAUAUUCUUUGGGGGAAAUUUGAUUGACUGGAGUGCAUGGAAGCAGGCUAUAGUUUCUCGUUCUAGUACUAAGUCAGAGUACAAGGCAUUUUCUAAUGCCACAGCUGAAUUGAUUUGGAUUCAGUCAGUCCUUCUGGAGCUUGGGAUAAAAUAG